CAGUCGCCAUCGAUAACCCCCGUGUGUUUUCCACCGUCUCCUCGAGACAGUCGUUCGUCCGAUCCGAUCUCGUGAGGAAGCCUCCGCGCCAGACCCGAAGGGUUCCCACAAGCCUAGGUGAAAGCCAGGUGCUCAGGUGAAACCUCGCCGCGACAGUCGUCCGUCCCCCAGACAUGGCGGAGAUCGUGCCUCGGGUGGAUUCCUUGUCCCAGCUCUGCCAGGAACUGCACCGCGUCUUCGACUCCGACCGAGUCGACGUCGACUACGUCUACGAGCUCAUGAGGAACUACAAAUCCGAUCCCAAGGAGUGGAAGAAAUUCGCCAAGUUCGAUCGAUACAGGUAUACGAGAAACCUGGUGGAUGCGGGGAACGGUAAAUUCAAUUUGAUGGUUCUGUGCUGGGGAGAGGCCCACGGUUCCAGCAUUCACGACCAUGCCAAUUCCCACUGCUUCAUGAAGAUGCUGAUGGGGUCGUUGACGGAGACGAGGUUCGACUACCCGGGCGGGGACACGGUGGGGGAGCUUCACAAGAUUUCCAUCACGGAGCUCAAGACGAACGAAGUCGUCUACAUCAAUGACGAGCAGGGUCUGCACCGGGUCGAGAACGCCAGCCACACGCAGCCGGCCGUGAGCCUGCAUCUCUACUGCCCGCCCUUCGACGCGUGCCACGCCUUCGAUCAGCGGACGGGGCACAAGACGAUGAACAAGGUCACCUUCUGGAGCGCCUUCGGCAAGCGGACUCCGUUCCAGCAAUUGGAGAGAGAGACGAGGAAGAUGGGAGUGCCGCUCACGGAUCAUCCAGCGAGCAUCUCCAUGGAAAUAGCCGAACCGGAAAACAACUAGGAUUUUUAUGCUUCCGUCAUACCCGUUUAGAGGGCACAGCAGGGGAACCGUGCUCCGUGCUUCAUGCUCCAUGCUUCGUGCUCCUUUCCUCCUCCGUCGUAUGAGCUUCGACUCGAGCGAGUAUUCGAGGGGUCGACUUGAAACGGGUUUGACGUUCGAUGGAACGAGGACUGCCGACUCGAACGCGAGGGCAAGUUGGAAUUCCAUCGAAAUGGACCUUAGAAAAGACGUAGGACUCUUUCUAACGCGCUCGACCUGGAAAGAUUUUUAACAAAAAUGAAAAGAAAAAAAAAAACUCUGAUUUCAUCCGAGGACAUGCUGUAAAAAGCUGCAUGAACAAGGAGCAAGGUUCUCGACUGUAGAAUUUGUCCAUGAAAAUCCCUAACACGUUAAACCUCGUGACUAACCCCCAUUGAUUCUCGUCCCGCGUUACGUUAGAUUCGUUUAGGAUUCUGAGUUGGGCGUUGACGACUUUUUCGCGACGGCAGACGUUUUGAACGGGUUCAAUUCAGCCCCUCAACCCUCACCUCGCUCAUCGAAGGGCGAAGAUUGCUUUCCGGGGUCCGUGCGAAAAAAGAUCGGGGCAGAAAUCCGUGACGGCGUGAGGUUUUCGCGGAAUCGUCACGGACGUGGAGCCCUCGAGAACUCAAAUCUGAGGGAAAAUUUUCUCUCAAGCGUUCUUCCGUUCGUGUGAGCGGGUGGUGGGGCCUGUGAUUAUCGAUUUACAUCAGAAACCUUUGAAUUACAUGGUGAUUGGCAUUGUAUACUGAAUAAAUAGUGAUUUGAUUGAUAUUUUAAA